GGGAAGAGCAUGGUGAUUGUUCCUUGAAGAACCCUGACUCUAGACGCCUGAGAAGAUGCUGGCCAUGAAGCUGUUCACUUGUUUCUUGCAAGUCCUGGCUGGAUUGACGGUACAUUCCCAGGGGACCCUGUCUGCUGGGAACAACUCAACAGAAGUAGAAGUGGUGCCCUUCAAUGAAGUGUGGGGCCGUAGCUACUGUCGACCAAUAGAGAAGCUGGUGGAUAUCAUCGAUGAGUACCCUGAUGAGGUAGCAUACAUAUUCAGCCCAUCCUGCGUCCUCCUGUCUCGCUGUUCUGGCUGCUGCGGGGACGAGAGUCUGCACUGUGUGCCGCUAAAGACAGCCAAUAUCACCAUGCAGAUCUUGAAGAUCCCCACCAUUGGCGAUCCUUCCUACGCGGAGAUGACAUUCUCUCAGGAUGUGCUCUGUGAAUGCAGGCCUAUUCUGGAGAAGACGAAGUCGGAAAGAAAAUCAGGGGGAAGAGGAAGAGAGAGAAGCAGAAACCCACAGACUGAGGAACCCCACCUGUGA